AUGGUGAUAAUAGGUUUUAGAUUUUUGUUUUCUUUUUAAAUUCAUUCGGGUAUCAGAGAUUACCAACAUUAACCAAGCAAAAAUUAGAAAAUUAUUUUAUAUCUGGAAAAAAAAAUUGUUUACUAAUUUAUUUAUUUCUUCACUUACGUUCUUAGAUCAAUAUAAUAAUGAAAAUGUCUAAUGAAGAGAACCCUUCGAGUAAAGUAAAUGAAAACAUGUUGGAUGCAAUAAAUGAAAGUACACAAAAAGACUUUGAAGCUAGUUUUAGAAUGUGUUCUGAAGAAGAAGUAUCAAAAAAUUUAGUUUUUGAAAAAGAUGAUUAUAAUUUAGCCAAUGAAGAAAUUGAAAAAGACUUUGAUUUUGGAAGUGCUAGCAGCAGAAGAGAAUCUGAUGGAGAUUCUUGGGAGACUGUCUCAGAAGAAAUGAGAGCAGAAGCUAGCUCUCAUCAAGCUGAUGGAAAUUGUUUAUGUCAGACAUGUGAAAUGAAAUCACUUAGCAUAUCAAAUAGAAUUACACAAAGAAGUCUUUACUCCAAAGAGUCUUUACCUGAAAAUGUUAGUAAAAUUGUGUCUAGUAGUGGAACAAUAAUAUAUAUUAUAGGAACAGCUCAUUUUAGUAAAGCUAGUCAAGAAGACGUGGCAAAAACUAUACAGUUGUUGUCUCCUGAUAUAGUUAUGAUAGAACUUUGUUCUAGUCGUAUUGGUGUAUUAAAAUUAGAUGAGGAAGCUCUUUUGGAAGCAGCAAAAGAUGUGAGCUUGUCCAAGUUAAAAAUGGCGAUUAAGGAUAGUGGUAGUGUAUUGAGUGGAAUAAUGCAGUUACUUCUUUUGAGUAUGUCAGCACACAUUACUAAACAGUUAGGGAUGGCACCUGGUGGAGAAUUUCGAGUUGCGACAAAUCAAGCUAAACAGAUACCUGGAUGUAGAAUUGUUUUAGGAGAUCGACCAAUUCAAGCAACACUUGGCCGUGCUAUGGCUUCUCUUUCAAUUUUUCAAAAAAUUAAACUUGGAUGGCAUUUAAUUUUUUCAAAAGGUACUAUUACUAAAGAAGAUGUAGAGAAAUACAAACAAAAAGACAUGAUAGCAGAAAUGCUAGCAGAAAUGACAGGUGACUUUCCUGAAUUAUCUAAAGUAUUUGUUGAUGAACGUGAUCUUUAUAUGGCGCACAUGCUUGAGCAAUGUGGAAACAUGGUGAGAAAUGAUAUUCCUUCAUCUCUUUAUCUAAAUAAUGCUGAAACACAUACUUAUAAAAAUAGUGAGGAGAAAUCCAACAAUGGUAAAAAAUUGGAAGAUAAUAGUGAUGACGAUUAUAAUAAUGAUGAAGAUGAAGUUAAGGGACUUGCUAAUGAUUUUGAUUACUCAGAAUACCAACCUGUAGUGCUUGGUGUUGUCGGUAUUGGACAUAUAAAUGGCAUUAUUGCUAAUAUAGGAAAAAGUUGUGAUGUAAAUGAAUUACUUCAUGUGCCCCCUCCUUCUUUUUCUAGUAAAGCUGUUAAAAUGGUAUUUAAAGCAGCUAUUGUUGCAUUUAUAAGUUGGAGUGCAUACUCAGUUAUUAGUUGGGUGCGUAAAAAAUAAAAAUGAAAAGAACUAUGAUUAUUUAUUUGUAGCUGAUUUACAAAGUUAUUUAGAAAAUCUGA